AUGACAGCAGGAAACAUUCAAGCUCUGAGCACUGGGUGGAAAGUAUUUGGUUAUAAAGAUUCCUGCUUUCAUAGAAUUAUUCUGGGAUUUAUGUGCCAAGGUUGUGACUUCACACACCACAAUGGCACAGGCAGCAAGUCUAUCUACAGGGAGAAAUUUGAUGAUGAGAAUUUCAUCCUGAAAUACACAGGUCCUGGUAUCUUCUUGUCCAUAGCAAAUGCUGGAUCCAACACCAAUAGUUCCCAGCUUUUCAUCUGCACUGCCAAGACUGAAUGGCUGGACAGCAAGAAUGUGGUCUUCAGCCAGGUGGAAGAUGGCAUAGAUGUGAUAGCCAUGGAGCACUACGGGUCCAAGAAUGGCAAGAACAGCAAGAUCACCAUUAAUGACUGUGGACAACUCUAA